AGGAGCUGGCCGCGCAUCAUCGUGCUUGCCUGAAGCUGCCACGCGCCGAACAGCUUCCAUCAACGCCAAACACAUACCGCAACACCACCACUCCACCGCCAUCAACACAUCAUCUCCGCUCGAACCAGGACACGCUCAGUACACGAAAUUUUCCUCUGUCACAACCUCGCGCUCAGGAAGCGCCAACAGCCCACUCAAACAAUCACUGAGCACCGCUCAACACCAUCAUCAUGUCCCUCCGCAUCGUCCCCUCCUCCAACAACCCCUCCCACGCCAACUUUCAACUCGGCGCCCCCUCCGCCCCAGGCGUCCACGACACCCUCCGCUCCAACCUCUCCCUCAGCACUCCCGCCCCAAAAACCACAGCCUCCGGCAGCAACCUCACCCUCCAAUCCUCUCACCCUCUAGAAAACCGCCUCACAAACUGGCGCGCCCAACAAGAUACUCUCAAACACGAACUCCUCCGCCGUCAAUUCGGUAUCGCAGAACCAGUCAAACGCCAAAUGGAAUUGGGGAUCGUGAGAGCUGGAGAAUGGAGGCCUAGAAUUCUUGGAGGUGCUGGAGCGGGGAUGGGUGGUAGCACUGGGAGUGGAUUGCAUGCGGAUAUUUUGAUGGGGAGGGAUUGUGAGUUGGAUUGGGAGGAUGUGUUUACUGGUGGAGAAGAGAUGAGGAAUGAGGUGGAUUUCCAUACGGAGAUGGAGAUGAGGUUUAAGAUGAAUUCGUGGUAGACGAGGCGGGCGCCUGCUGUGAUGGACUUCCGGAAUGCGGGAGAGAGAGGACUUGAAAGAUGACAGUUGAUGGAUGCGAUGGUGGACCAUGUGGGACGAGUGUACUCGCCGACCGAAUAGAUUGGGGAGCUCGAGAUGGAGAUGGAGACGUGACAUGCAUGCAUAGACAGACUAUGAUUCGCUGUACACUACCAGAUUCUCAGCAUGACGAGCCUUCUCGCAAGAGCAGUCAUGAGGUGAGGACUGGACGUCACUACUGCAUAAAUACUGAAGCAAUAUGAAAUCCAAUGAAACUCUACGCAACGCUAAUGUCCCCUUUCACGUAUGUCGGUUUGCAUUC